UCGAUCCAACGGCUCAUGCAAUCGCGUCAAACAAAAGCCAAACCUCAAGCCCACCGCUUCUAUUUAUCUACUAUCAAAACCCUUCUCUCUAUCUACAAACGCAAUUCAAAUUCUCACUCAUCUCUCCGUCUCUCUUUCUCUCUCUUCAUUCAUAUGGCACUUCCGAAUCAGCAGACUGUUGAUUACCCGAGCUUCAAGCUCGUCAUCGUCGGUGACGGUGGCACAGGGAAAACCACCUUUGUCAAGCGGCAUCUUACUGGAGAGUUUGAGAAGAAAUAUGAGCCAACAAUUGGUGUUGAAGUCCACCCAUUGGACUUCUUCACAAAUUGUGGGAAGAUUAGGUUUUAUUGCUGGGAUACAGCUGGACAAGAGAAGUUUGGAGGGCUAAGAGAUGGCUACUAUAUUCAUGGGCAAUGUGCCAUAAUAAUGUUUGACGUCACUGCUCGAUUGACCUACAAGAAUGUUCCCACAUGGCAUAGGGAUCUCUGCAGGGUGUGUGAGAAUAUCCCAAUUGUUCUAUGCGGAAAUAAGGUUGAUGUUAAGAACAGGCAGGUGAAAGCGAAGCAGGUCACAUUUCACAGGAAGAAGAAUCUUCAGUACUAUGAGAUUUCUGCAAAGAGCAACUACAACUUUGAGAAGCCUUUCUUGUAUCUUGCCAGGAAGCUUGCUGGGGACGCAAACCUCCACUUUGUUGAGUCACCUGCUCUUGCUCCACCAGAAGUGCAAAUUGACAUGGCUGCACAACAACAGCAUGAAGCUGAAUUAAUGGCAGCUGCAGCACAGCCCCUUCCUGAUGAUGAUGAUGAUGCAUUUGAUUAAGUGACUGUAGAGAAGCUUUAUCCAAAUUGAUUCUUUCAGAAAGUUAGAAGUAGGUUUUGGUCCUGGGGAAUUCUCUACAAUGUAUGCUGCCUGCUGCUGUUGCUUAUUGUUUGGAUUGGUUGGCCUUUGGUGGUUCAGAACACUGGGGAAUAGUGCCUCUGCUUUGGUCCCUUAGAGUGUUGUGUUUUACAGAUUGAUAUAUAAGUAUCUUUGCUUCUUUCAUGUCCCUUCUACUUGGAGGGAACCAUUUGAUUAAAAAAUUUUGCUCUGAUUAUAUUUACCUUUUUAUUUUA